CCUGAAGAAGAGAUGAAGAUGCUGCACUGGUCUGUGAUUCUGCUCACGCUGUCCGGUGUUCUCACUCAGGACAAAAGCUGGAAUGUGAAAUAUCCAGAUCCGAUCUGUGCUGUGAGAGGAAUCAGUGUCUCCAUUCCCUGUCGUUAUUCUUAUCCACAGCAAAAAUAUCAGUUGGUACAAAUGUUUUGGUGCUCGAUGAACUCGAAUAAAGACGACACAAAGAAGUGUACAAGUCCACCGUAUGUUUAUGACAGCAGAUCAAACACCAAGUCGGACUUCGAGUUCGUCGGAGACAACAAAUCAGACUGCACUUUGUUAAUCCACAAUGUACAGUUCAGUUAUUCUGGAGAGUACAAAUUCAGAUUUAUAACUAAUGUGACCGGUUUCAGUUGGACAGGUGAUCCUGGAGCGAUUCUACAAGUGGCAGAUUUAAAGGUGUCACUAAUCAGGCUCAGUGGAAACGGAACCCUUAAACAAGGAGACUCGUUAAAUCUGACGUGUGAUGUGAACUGCACACAAAGUUCCUCACAGUUUGUGUGGUCUAAGAACAACGAGCGCUUACCUGAAUCAGGACCCGUUCUUCACUUUCCUGCUGUAACCGUGAGGGAUUCUGGGAAUUACACCUGCACUUGGAAAACCAGCAUGACGUCAGGAUCUAAAGCGAUCAGCCUUCUCGUCGAGGGUAUAGAUCCUGGUCAUUGGUCAGUCUGGAUCAUUGUUUUAGUGACAGCUGGAGUGAUUUUCAUCAUCUUAGCUGUUCCAGCUGUGAUUUACAUCAGGAGGUGCGUCCACACUGAUCAGCUGAAGGAGGACGAUUCAGACAUCUACACCACAGUACAGUACAGUACAUUCACCAUGAACUGAUCACACUUUCACACCUCAGCUACUUCAUUACAGACUUCUGGAAUAAAUAAAUAAAUAAAUACAUUAUAUAUAUAUAUUACAUAAAUUAUAUUAUAUUACAUUUCUAAUUAUAUAAAUUAAUGAUGAAAAAGGAUUAUAAUUAUGGGUAUGCUGGAUAUCUUAAAUUUCUUAUAGGAGUCUUCUGGUACACACAUAUGUAAGGUGGACCUUUCUAAAAAUAUAUUUUAAAGAUGCAGUUUGAAAAAAACGGAUGGGAGUGUUUCAUCAGAGAGAGAGAGAGAGAGAGAGAGAGAGAGAGAGUUUCUUAAUCUGCAGGAGAUUCUGGUGUUUCUCAAAUAUAUUUAAACAUGACACUGAGUCCAUGUUAUUUUCUCUUUUUAUUUCCUCACUUUAUUUAUUAACAGAGCAGAAGUGAUGUUAACGAUUAUCCCAGAUUUAAGGACGUCACUGUCAUAUACACAAAUGUUUCUUUGUACAAUGAAAUGAUUAGCUUUGUUCUCAAGGAUGCUGCAUUAUUAAAUUACAGAUUCAGAUUGAAACAAGAUCAAAUAUUUCAUCAUAGGUAAUAUAAAAACUAUUCGACAUAAAUAACAUGGUGGUAAAGUACAGUAAAGGUAGUUUUGGGGAUAUUUACACGAGGUUUUGUGCAACUGAAGCUAAUGUGUAAAUGAGAACUUGCUGUAGUCAUUAUGUUCGUUGUUUAAUGUGUUUGUCUGCUAUGGCUUGACUUUCAUGUGAAUAAAGGUUUUAUUAUUUAUAAAUUGACUUCUGUAGUCUUUAGCCUGAUCUUUUAGGAAAUGAAUGUAUAAAAGCUUCUGUUUGAUGAUAGACUAAUAAUUUGUAGAUCGUAUUAAAUCGGAAUUAAAUCGAUCGAGCGUUAUAAAUUGAACAAAACCGCCCUCUAGUGGCUGAAGCGUUACUGACGCUCUAUACCAUAUAUGUACACUGAUCAGCCAUAACAUUAAAACCACUGAUAGGUGAAGUAAAUAACACUGAUUAUAUCAUUACCUCCCUUUGCCGAGAUAACAGCUCUGAGUCUUCUCCUAUAACGCCUGAUGAGGUUGGAGAAUACAUGGUGAGGGAUCUGAGACCGUUCCUCCAUACAGAACCUCUCCAGAUCCUUCACAUUUCGAGGUCCACGCUGGUGGACUCUCCUCUUCAGUUCACCCCACAGGUUUUCUAUGGGGUUCAGGUCAGGGGACUGGGAUGGUCAUGGCAGGACCUUGAUUUUG